GAGAAACCCAACUUGUUUCUUCUCUUCUGAUCCGCUCCUCGUCCAAGCACCCUAACUAUACCAGAACAGAUACCAAAAUGCAACUUCGAGGCGGUCAAAGAUACGAUUCACCUGGUCCUGCGGAUCCCUCGCUCGAGGGCCAAUUUUUGGAGCUCGUCAACAACCACACCGCUCACAUCGAAGGCACCUCCAAGGUCAUUGAGCUCCGUUCACCAGCACGCCGAGCAAGAUCCCAGUCACCUGUGAAGGCAAUGGUCUCUCCAUCGAAGUCCAGCCAUACUCUCCUCGCCGACGAUGACGAGGAGUUCAGCGAAGAAAUGAUGGAACGCCUCCUGGGUGCCGCAACUGACAACCUUCAAAAGAAGCAGCAAGGUGGUAUGGAAGGCGACGAUGAGAUGUCUCUUGAAGCUCCUAAGCUCAAAGACGAGGAUCGAAGUUGGUUGAAGUUCCCCAAGUUGAACCCCGGCGCUUUGCCACAGCCAUAUGUCAGCACCCAAGGAGCCAAAGCGAAGGUGGCGGCGGAGGUCAUUCAGAGAGCUGCACCAAAAGAAGAGAUCGUGGAAGAUCCGGUCCACGGUGUCUCAAUUCACUCUCGUUCCAUCACCGACAACCAUGUCACAAAGCAAGAAAAGCAGAAGCAAAAGGAUGCCACCGUUGGCAAAGACUGGUUCGACAUGCCUGCUACCGAGCUCACGCCUGGUAUCAAGCGUGACCUUCAGCUUAUCAAGAUGCGUAACGUCCUCGACGCCAAGCGUCACUACAGGAAGGACAACUCCAAAACCUUCCCCAAGUACUUCCAAGUGGGUACCAUUGUUGAAGGUCCGACAGAGUACUACUCUGCUCGUAUUCCGAAAAGCGGGCGCAAGGAGACUAUCUUGGGCGAGUUGUUGGCCGAGACGGAUCGCAAAGAGUACUUCAAGAGGAAGUACGGAGAUAUCCAGGAGAAGGCGAACAACAAGACGAGGUGGAACAAGAAGACGAAAAUGCGAUCGUAGAGUUCCUUCUGGUUGCAUCACUUUGCUAUUUCGGGCGUUAUGGUUACUCGGCGUUUACAUCAUCUAUCAAGAAUUUCAUGGCAUAUGCA